UGGUGCGUAAAACCGCGAAGUGAUAGUCCGCGAAGAGACACGAACGACCGGUUUCAGGAAGUCGCGCGAAAUCGGCCGGGAUCACCCGCGAACGUUGAAUCGAAGUCAAGGACGCAGAUUAGUAUCGGCCGGAGGGGGUCCGCAGACUCGAGCGGUCUCCGCUUGCCGCCAGGAACUUGCUCGAGGACUCGCGCGUUACACGCGACAGGAUUCAAAGUGCGGUGUCCCGGCCUCAGUGAGAUGGCCUUCAUGAUGAAGAAGAAAAAGUACAAAUUCUCGGUGGAAGUCAACCUCGAGGAGCUCACGGCGGUGCCAUUCGUCAGUGCCGUGCUUUUCGCCAAGUUAAGACUCCUGGAUGGCGGUUCUUUCGUCGAUCAUUCCACCAGGGAGGAGGUGCAGGAACACACGGUGAGAUGGAACGCAAAGUUCGAAUUUUUAUGCAAGAUGAGCGCCAACGCGUCCACGGGCGUGCUCGAUCCGUGCAUUUUAAGGAUAUCUGUGAGAAAGGAGUUGAAAGGAGGCAGGUCCUUCCAGAAGCUGGGCUUCACCGAUCUAAAUCUGGCCGAAUUCGCGGGAGCUGGCCUCUGCCGAAGAAGGUGCCUCUUGGAGGGCUAUGAUGCGCGACACCGUCAGGAUAAUUCCAUGCUGCGUGUGGCCAUAAAAAUGAACAUGCUCUCCGGAGAUAUUCUAUUUAAAGUCCCUUCCCCGUCGUUGAAGCAGACGCAGCUGGCGGUGCCCGGGGUGCAAGGUGUACCUGGCGUUACUGGUGAUGAGGUAACGGCAUCUGAGAGAUGCACGAAUCGGGAGGAUUAUGUGUCUACCGGUUCGCUAGCGGGAAGUAUAGCAAGCGCCAGCAGUGGUUUCGGCAGUCUUCCCAAGAAGAGGCCCGCACUCUUCACUUCCGAACUUCUUAGCGGAACGGAAACAUACGACCCGAUGACUCUCAGUGAGAUCGUACCGUCGGCGGUCCCGGUGGAGGCUCUAGUAGAGGCGCACACGGAAUCCGGGCACUCGCGCAACAGCAGUAAUACCAGUCAACUUAGCAAAGGCUCCGGCUACGGUUCUUUAAAUUCGCACAGCCAGCACAGCAGACAGAGUAGUAGCGGCGAUAGCGGUCACAUUAGCCUCAAGCGAUCCCUUCAUUCUCAAUUUCUCGACCAUAACUACGAGACUCUGGACUCUCUAUCUUUUUUUUACUUUACGUCACCCUCCUGGCCGGUAUGGGCACCACGAAUUCCCAACUCCUCCCAAAACCUGUCCACACAACCGAUCGCCUGUCGACCCGACGACAGUAUCGAACCUCUGUCAUUCCCGUCGUCCCUGGCCUCCAGAGCUCGAUUCUGGUCGGCAUCGAGUCCUCUCUCCUCGCGUAGUGGUCCGACAGAUGUGGAAAACCCGAUGAGAGUCGAUGUUAUCGCGUCCGUCGCGAAGAACAUUUAUUCAGUCGGAAAGCAGCAGCAGCCACUUUGCGGAAUCGGGAACGGUUUCUUGAAUGACAGCGACUCGCGCAAUUGUCGCGAUGACGCAAACGCAGACACCCGGGUGGCGCCCGGUAUUUUCAGGGUGCCAGACGUGCCGCGACACUCGCGCAAGAAUUAUGAGAGGAACAGCUUUGAGGCGCAUAACGAACGUAACGCGAUGAUGAGCUCGAUCGCCAAGGAGAGUAACGGGCAGCAGGGUAAUGUCUUCCCGAUCGCGAAGCCGAGAAUUAGUGCCGCGGGUUGGCGCGGUAUGUCGAAGACCUGCGACUGCAUCGAGAAGGGCAAGACAAGCCCGGUGUUACGGCUAAUCGAUCAGGCUAGAGCCGUGUCCUCUCCCGAUCCUCUCCAUAGGCCUGACAAUCAAAGAGCCCCGCUACGUCCCACGACGACAGCUCAAACCCUCAGGGGUAUUGGCGGAGGCCACCGGAAGUUGCUGGACGGGGCGGGGGGCAAGCUGGCUACGGUCGCCACCAGUCCAGCGGACUCUGAGGAGUCCUCGUUAGGGGUACCGGAAGUCGCGCCACCGAGCUCGCAGCAUCGAAACAGCAUUACCCCACCAAAUCCUUCCGGCGGCUCAGGUCUCAGCGAAACUGGAUCCCUGGACCGUGCUAAGGCUGCGCUGGAGCGUAGAAAAAAAGCAGAAGAUGGUGCCGGUAAUCCUGUCCUCUGUAGAGUUGAAGUUACCAGGCCGAAUCCUGAUUCUCUUAUUGACGAGCUGCUUAAAGCAACAAAUUUAGAGCAGACAGAUCUUGAAAGUUCCGAGACAACUGGUCUUCAACUCUUCAUCGCGAAGGACGGUACGACUGCGCUUGGUAGUCACGAGGUGAAGAGCCAGAUGCCUGCCGGUGUGUUCAAGCAAGUGGUAAUGGAAGAGAACAAUAGGUAACACGAAGCCAUCACCACGAGGCGGCAGUACGCAAGACAGGCCAGUGCCACGUUCUCGUUGGCUCUGGUGCCUGAACUCGUCUACGAGGCCUACGAGCCUCGGUAGUCACAAGAGAUGACGAUAACGAUGGACGAGGGAAUCGUCGACUCGGGAGGAGCAGCCAAACGCGACACGAAGUCGCACAUCCUCACUAGAUCUCUUCUAGACUAUAGCUCUCCUCCGUACAAAAAGAAAUGUGCGCUUCGACGAUCUCGGUAGUCGAACUAAUAUCCGUCGAAGCAGUACGUUCGAGUCGAUUACUUCGUGUGAAAUCCAUUGUCCGGAUUCGCAGGACCGAGGCUGAUACUAAUCAUCCCAUAAGUGCGCAUUGAAACGUGAAUAAUCGAACAGCCGUGUGCAACUCACGUGAUUGUUAAUCGCGUCUCGGUGUUCGUCUGACCGAGAUAAUUUUCAUACAUGGGUUUUGCAUUUUCCAAAAUCCUGUGCAACGAACGAAAUUUAUAUACAGCAUUGCUGUUCACGACGAACAAUCUACAACCUCGGCUACGUGCAAAGCCCAAUUUAAAAAGAUGAUGUUACAUAAACGAAUACACGUUUUCGAAACUAUUCAAAAAGACAAAUAUACAUAUUUUCUUCCUAAUAAAUGAAGCACAAUGAUUCCCGUCGAGCGUGCUUUGCUUGGAAGGGGA